ACCUGGCCACUCCUCUCUCCCGGGUGCUGCUGCCAUGAACACCUUCCUGUUCCCCACACUGUGCCUCCUCGGGGUCUGGGCUGCCCUGGCAGGUGGAGUCACGGUGAAGGAUGGAGAGUUCUCCUUCUCCCUGGAGUCAGUGAAGAAGCUCAAGGACCUCCAGGAGCUCCAGAAGCCCAGGAACCCAAGAAAUCUUGAUGGACCCAUCAUUCCCGUCCUCUGUAAUUCCCCGAAGUUUCCCGAAGAACUCAAGCCCAUCUGCCAGAAGCCCAACGCCGAGGAGAUCCUCGAAAGGCUGGAGACCAUCGCCCAGGACCCGAGCACAUGUGAAAUUUGUGCCUAUGCUGCCUGCGCGGGAUGCUAGGACGGCCAGGGCUCGCUGUCUUCUUUCCCACCCCCGCAGGGCGCUUCGCAUCCCCGCAGCUCCACCUGCCCAGACGGGAGGAGCGAGGAGGGGGCAGGCUGGGGCGGCCCAGGCCCUGCCCCCAUCCGAGCUGCCGGUGCUUCCCAAGAUCCAUUCCCCCACCCAUGGCUAAUAAACCAGAUUCUAGAGUC